AUGGCUUCCAGAUCGAGGUCACCUUCGCGCGGCCGCUAUCGCUCCCGCACUAGGUCUCUGACGCCGCUGUCCGAUCGGUCGCGCUCACCAGCUCGCCGUCGCUCAUACGAUUCACGCUCAUCGCGUUCCAGAUCGCCCACCCCACGACGAAAUGGCAGACACAAAAGCGAGAGUCGCAGCCACAGCCGAGGGCGUACCGCCAGUCCCGCCAUAGUUGUUGAGCGCCUGACCAAAAAUAUUAACGAAGACCACUUGGAGGAAAUUUUCGGUCAAUAUGGACGUAUCAAGGACCUCGACCUCCCCAUCAACAGGACUCAUGGCACUAACCGUGGUACUGCCUACAUCCUCUACGAAACCGAAGGCGAUGCUGAGGAAGCCAUUGCUCAUAUGCAUGAGGCGCAGCUUGAUGGCGCCGUGAUCAACGUUUCGAUUGUCCUCCCUCGACGCAAGAUUUCCCCGGCACCUCCCCUGGCCCGUCGGGGCGGAGGUUUCGAUCCCCGAGGCCCCCCUCUCGGAGGUCGUGGUGGUAGAGCCAUGGGCGGACCCCACGGCGGUGGUGGAGGACCUGGUUUCUUUGGUCAAAAUGGACCCCGACGAGGCGUAUCGCCGCCGCCAGCUCGGUUUGGCCCCCGAUCAGACACCUACAGACCUCGUUCCGUGUCACGUUCCCCGACACGGUCCCCUGGGGCUGCUCCGCCGUCUAGAGGUGGCGGCAGCAGAUAUAGAAGCCGCUCCAGGUCCUACUCCAGAUCUCCUUCGCCGCCUCCGAGACGUGGAGGUGGAGGCCGAGGUAACGACCGCAAUCGCCGGAGACGGAGCCCAAGCCAGGACAGCUACGACAGCUAUGAUGGCCGUCGAUCUCGGUCUCCCAGCCGAAGCCGCGACCAUGGUGGUCGCAGAGGCGGUCGUGGGUACCGAUGA